AUGUGGAAAUUUUAUAAUGUAAUUAUAAAGCGACAUCGUGCAGGCAGUCAGCUGAGUUUUGUUAGGAAUUUAUCAGUGGGUGGUGUACUCAGUCAGCAGGCCCAGUUGGAAUGGUUGGACACCUCGCCGCCUCGAAACGAUGAGAAAUGGCAACAGGCCAGGCCCUAUGGAGAAAUGCCUGGUCCCAGCACUAUGCGAAUGCUAUCUUAUUUUAUGCCAGGAGGAGCUCUUCACAACACAAAUCUGAUUCAGAUGAACCGCCGCAUGAGGGAAAUGUAUGGGGAUAUUUACCGCAUGCCUGGAAUGAUGGGAAAACCGAACGUGGUGUUUACGUACAACCCAGAGGACUUUGAGGUGACCUACCGCAACGAGGGCGUUUGGCCCAUUCGAAUAGGUCUGGAGAGCUUUAGUUACUAUCGCAAGGUCCACAGACCCGAUAUUUUUAAGGGCGUUGCUGGCCUGGUAUCUGAUCAAGGACAGGCCUGGGCUGAUGUUCGCAACAAGGUGAAUCCGGUUCUUAUGAAAGUGCAAAAUGUCCGGCAGAAUCUACCGCAACUAGACCAGAUCUCUAAGGAGUUUAUAGACAAAUUGGAAACUCAGAGGAAUCCCGAAACACACACCCUAAAUGCAGACUUUCAUAAUGAGCUUAAAAUGUGGGCCUUCGAGUCCAUUAGCUUCGUGGCACUAAAUACCCGCAUGGGAUUACUAAGUGAUCAGCCAGAUCCCAACGCCGCUCUUCUGGCUAAGCACAUGGGUGACUUCUUUAACUAUAGCUUCAAGUACGAUGUGCAGCCCUCAAUAUGGCCAUAUUAUAAAACACCUGGCUUUAAGAAAUUCCUGAAAACAUACGAGGAUAUCACCGGGAUAACAUCAAACUACAUAGAGAUAGCAACGAAAAGCUUUGGGAAGAAUGAUAAUCGUAAGACCAAGUGUGUUUUGGAGCAACUGCUGCAACUUAACAAGCAAGUGGCUGUGGCUAUGGUAAUGGACAUGCUAAUGGCUGGAAUCGAUACGACGUCUUCAGCUUGUCUUACGAUCCUCUAUCACCUUUCUCGCAAUCCCUCAAAGCAAGAUAAGUUGCGUAGAGAAAUACUUCGUUUGCUGCCCACCACUAAGGAUUCCCUGACUGAUGACAAUACCAAAAACAUGCCCUAUACGCGAGCUUGCAUUAAGGAGGGCCUGCGGAUAACCUCAAUUACACCCGGAAACUUCCGCAUUGCGACGAAGGAUCUUGUGCUCUCGGGUUAUCAAGUGGCCCGCGGCACUGGAGUCUUCAUGGGAGUGCUGGAACUGUCGAAUAGCGAAAAGUACUUUCCCCAGAGUGCUGACUUUGUACCCGAACGCUGGUUGAAGUCCGACCUAGCUGCUGAUGUACAGGCGUGUCCAGAGGCUCGAUCCCGCAUUCCCUUCGUAUACCUGCCUUUCGGUUUCGGACCCCGCACCUGUAUUGGCAAGAGGAUUGCCGAAUUGGAGAUUGAAACGCUUCUGGUGCGACUUCUUCGGAACUACAAGGUCAGCUGGCUGCCCGAAACUCCGCUGCAAUACGAAAGCACCAUUAUCCUGUCGCCUUGCGGGGACAUUCGCUUCAAACUGGAGCCAGUCGGUGAUUCAAUGUGAUAUGUAUGCUAAGCUCAAGUACAGACUUCCGAUUAAGUUCAGA